GUCUCACCUUUCACAACACGUGUAUUAGAGAGGCAUGCGGAAGUAAACAAAUGUCACAUGACUGCGCGUCCUUGCGCAAGGCGUCGAUGCAGAUAUGUCCCGCCCCCGCGUAACAGCGCCAUUACGGCUCUGAUAUGUAUUGGUAAUUUGCGCUCAAACUGACGUAAAAAAACAACCCAAAAUGGCGAACGAAGGAUGCCAGUUUCCAUUUGUUGGUUCAUUUCCGUUGGAACAUGCGCAGUAAAGUUGAGCAACUAAACCAAAGGCAGUGCGCUGUUAUUGUUUGUAUGGUCUUCCGAAAAGGUGUCAGACGCCUGUUUUACUCUUCGGUCCGGUGAUUAAAUCUGGACUUUUAACGUGUAUUCACCUGCAGACGGUCAUCAUGGGUGCUGCUUCUAGCACCGAGACCGAGAGAGAGCCUCUGCUAGUCCCGUCUUACGCGGAGACGAACAGUCCGCCAGUGAACAGCAGGGUGUACGGGCGAAGAUGGCUGGUUUUGACCCUGUUUUCACUACUGGGCCUUUUACAAGGAAUGGUGUGGAACUUUUGGGGUCCAAUUCAGAACUCGGCGGUUCAUGCUUUUGGAUUUACCAAGUCGGACAUUGCUGUCUUGGUCCUGUGGGGUCCCGUCGGCUUCAUUCCUUUCGUCUUGUUUAUGUGGCUGAUGGAUAAAAAGGGUCUGCGAGUGUCUCUCAUUCUCUCAGGGUUCCUCAUGCUGCUUGGAUCAGCUCUGCGAAGCGUCCCAGUGACAGACCUGCACCUCAGACGAUGGUUAAUUCAUGGAGGUCAGUUCCUGAAUGGUUUAGCGGGCCCGACCAUUAUGAGCAGCGGACCGUUUCUCUCCACCACAUGGUUUGCCCCCGACCAAAGAGCCACGGCCACUGCAGUAGCGUCUCUCUUCUGCUACCUCGGAGGAGCUGCAUCAUUUGUCGUUGGACCCCUAGUGGUCCCGCCCCCCUACAACAACCUGACAACCCCGAGGUGGGCAGUGGCAGCAGCAGGGGCCUCCGAAGUCACCAUCCGUGACAUGAUCCAGCUGGUUAUGUAUGCAGAGCUGGGUGCAGUGGCUGCUCUUUUCACAGCCAUUGUGUUCUACUUCCCAUCGCGACCUCCAAUGCCUCCCAGUGUGGCAGCAGCCAGUCAGAGACUCAGCUACAGGAGCAGUAUUUGCAGACUCCUCAGUAACCUGCGGUUCUUGAUGAUAGCGCUGGCCUACGCUGUGCCCACAGGUGUGAUCGCAGGAUGGUCGGGGGUUCUUGACAUGAUCUUAACUCCGGCAGAAGUCAGCCAGGUGGACGCAGGUUGGAUCGGUUUCUGGUCGACUGUUGGUGGAUGUGUGUUUGGUGUAGCAAUGGCAAGGUUUGCUGAUUCCAUCCGUGGGAUGCUGAAGCUGAUCCUGGUGCUGAUGUUGGCAGGUGCAUCACUAGCUUCUACCUGGUUCACGCUCACCUGCCUGAGCAGAGUCACUCACCUUCCCUCGACUGCAGCCAUCCUGUAUACUUCCUGCAUCCUGAUGGGCAUCUUCAUCAACAGCAGCGUGCCCAUAUUCUUCGAACUUUUCAUAGAAACGGUGUACCCGGUUCCUGAAGGCAUCACGUGUGGGGUUGUCACAUUCCUGGGAAACUUGGUCACUGGCCUGCUGCUAUUCUUCCUCACCUUCUAUUGCACAGAUCUAUCGUGGCUCAACUGGUGUCUCACAGGUUCGUGUCUCUUCAGCCUCGUCCUGGUCCUCUUCUUUAGAGAGUCUUACGACCGCCUCUACCUGGACGUCUUUGUCUCUGUUUGACAACAUCGAGGGACUGGGACUCUUCACAACAACUAAAAUAACUAUUGCACAACUGGAAGGAAGAAGGGACUGGAACACUGUUUAAAGACUGUGGACUGUAAAUAUGUAAAUUGUGGUGAUGUUUGAAUCUGGUCACCUCUCUGUCUCUUAAUCUUAUUAUUAUUGUUUACAGAUUAUUAAGUGACAGUGUCGCCCCCUCGUGGUGUCUCGGUUCUCCAGCCACCCUGUACAACUGUAGCAGCACUGUGACUGUGAACUAACUGUCCAUCAUUUUAAUGUAUUCUUUUUUUUAAAGCUUUAAAACUCAAACUCUGAUCAUGUUUUACCCCUGAAGAACACUUGGAGACCAUGACCUGUUGAUGUUUAUUUGGGGUGGGGGAGAUAGACGUCAUUUUAAUGUUUUUACGUGUUUUAGCUGUUGACCUUCACUUGAACCUUUCAGGUUGCAGAGGAAUGAUUUUAGCCGACUCAAAAGAUAAUCCAGGUGAAUCUGGAACAAACUGAAGGGAACUUGAAAUCCUUUAAAACCAGAGAAGGCAUUUUAGAAAUAUGUCCUCAUGCUAGUUUUGUACGAAAAGAAAACUCUGCUGGGUGCUGUUUUCUUCUUUUGUUGGACCUUGACACAGAAGUCUUGUGUCUUACUGUUGGACUUGUUGCCUUAAUGGCCCAGUGCCGAGUGUUCUGCCUUCCUCUCGUCCACACUGCGACUAACCUGUGAGUGUCUGAUGGGUAUUUAAGGUCAUCCUCACUCUGCUGGCUUCCCGCGGUGCCGGGUCCCAGAUGCGAUCUGUGGAAAAAGUUGUGUCUGUUGAUGAUUUCUCCUGCACCUUAACAGAAAAAUAAAAGUCUA